AUGUGGUCUCACUUAGAACGUGGAAGUUCGCCAGUGGACUGGUGCGAAUCGAAUUAUUCUAUUUCACCGAUGAUAGCAGAAUUUGUUAAUACUGUCAGCAAUUUUUUGUUCUUCUUGUUCCCGCCAGUAUUAAUUCACUUGUUCCAAGAGUACUCUAAGUUCUUCAAUCCAGCAAUAAAUGUAUUAUGGGUUUUAUUGAUGUUGGUUGGAGUAAGCUCUGCAUACUUUCAUGCUACAUUAAGCUUAGUUGGACAAUUAAUGGACGAGUUAGCAAUAUUAUGGAUGUUCCUGGCGGGUUUAGCGAUACUUUUGCCAAAGCGGUAUUUUCCAGCGUUCUUUCACGGAAGUAGACGCCGUAUGGCCUUAGUGUCAACUUCAAUGGGGAUUGUGUUAAUGGUAUGUCUGAUAAUGCACCCAGCGGCCAACGCCUUCGCCUUGAUGACCCUCACCGUACCUACUCUCAGAAUAUUAUACACCGAGUUGAUUAGAGUGAAAUGUGCACGUGUGUUUCGGCUUGGUUUGCGGUGUUCUGCCGUCACUUUACUUGCAAUAUUCUGUUGGUUCAUGGAUCGUAUGUUUUGCGAUGCUUGGCUCUCUAUCGAUUUUCCUUACAUGCACGGAGUCUGGCACGUCCUGAGCUUUAUCGCCAGCUACACGAUGCUCGUGCUGUUCGCCUUCUUCAACGCUACAGAAGAAAGACCCGAACAGAAACCUCAAUUAAGAUACUGGCCAGUAAACGAAUUUGAAUUAGGAAUCCCUUACGUGUCCAUUAAAGAUCCAUGCAAAAAAGAUUCUAAUUUGGCAAUUUAG